AUGGAAAACCUCCUUGAGAAAGAAGGUCCUUCCUCAGGAGAAUCUGUCAGGGAGGGUCUGUCCCGAGGAGUUCUGUCUACUUUAUAUUUUCAGCUAAUAGGCUGUAUAAUUGGACGUCAGGGCACCAAAAUUAAUGAAAUCCGUCAGAUGUCUGGGGCUCAGAUCAAAAUUGAUAAUGCCAUGGAGGGGUCAUCAGACCGCCAGAUCACCAUUACUGGAACACCUGCCAUUAUCAGCCUGGCACAGUAUCUUAUAAAUGCCAGGUUCAGAGAUGUGGCAGCCAUGUGGACGGACCCUUCAACCAUGACCACCUCCUGAAGUCACAUUAUGCUCUAUUUAUCGAAGAUGUUCUGCUCUCUCUUUGAACUAUUUGGGCCUCAUCAAUUCUCUUGAUCUGGGAUAUAGUCUGAAGAUUUUCUCAGGAUUACUGAAUCGCAAUUACUGUAAA